GCUGUGAAACCUCGGUCAAACAAUGUGCCCAAACACGCACAGAAACGAAUCAGAACGGCAGCAAAGACCUACUACUUAUUCUGGGCACAUCAAUUAGAUUAACUUUCGAGAUGGAAAAAUUGAAAAUGUGACAAAGAAAAUAAUGAAAAUUACUUUUCAAUAAUUUGUGAAGUAAAACUAAAUUCAGUGAAAAUUAUUUGCUGUCGCUAGUGAUUUCAAGUUAGACAGUCUGAGGCAAAGUGUGUUUAUGUGUAGAACAAGCCAGUAACAAAGGGUCUAAUAUAAAGAGCGUGGCACGUUAAAUUCAAAUUGCCAACAUGGAUUUUAAAAAUUUGUGCCAGAACAUCGACGUUAGCAGCCUACGAGCACGAAUUCCCUCAUUGCCGGCAAUGCCAGCAAUGCCACAAAUUAAGUUGCCAAAGUCAUUACCGAAAUUGCGCUCACGUCGCAUAUUUGGACGCUCGCGUGAGGAUCUCAGUCGCAACAAAGGUUCGACAAAGGAGCAACAACGUCAACAGUCCAUACGGCAGCAGCCGACACAGCCGCCUAUACCGCCUGCUGAUUUUAUAAAUCACUCACCGCGUCACAUAUCGACCGUUUCAUCGCUGAUGCAUCAGCAACAACAGCAACAGCGCGGUGACUCGCAACGUGGCACCUACCGAAGUGCCUGUAGUGUGGACGACGACUAUCCGUCACCAAGGCAAUUUCAAGCGGCAGGUCGUAUAUCGCGGCCCAUAAGUCCAAUACAUACGUCUGGAAAUGAUGGCGAGAGUGAGCAUGUUGAACCGACUGUUGCCAAACUGUCGCUGGCGGAAAAGCUGCAGAAAGGUUAUAAGGACAUCAGUGAAUUCCGCCUGAGUCACAUUUUUGCGAAGAAGACAGUGGUGCGUAAGGAUAUCAUACUGGUGGAUCAGUAUGUGGAGCAUUACAAUGAGGAACGUGAACGUGAGCAGGCCGAGCAAGAACGCCGUGAUCGUAAGAUUGCCGAUAAUUAUCGUUUUAACUUCAAGCUUUCGCGACAAGACACCGAUAAUAGCAAACGUAGCGUUAGCUCUGAGGAGUCGCAUAAGCAGGUGGACAACAGACAUGCCAAAAACAUGCAUGAACAAAGCGAAGAUGAGAGUGGCAUGGAAGCUACACCACCACCACGCAAACCAGGCGUCGCUUCGACACGUUUCGCCAGGGUGCGUAAUCCACCGCUGGAGCAGUAUAUAACUGAUGAGAGUAAUAACGAGUUGGACGAAGACGAUGAGGUACCAGCACCGAUAGCAGUAAAGCAGAAAUCAAAGAUUGUACAAAGUUCACCAGAAAGCAUGUCCAAAGGAGCAGUGAAUAGAAACGCGCUCUCGAAAUUGCGCAAUAUGAGCCAAAGCAGCGAGGAAACACCAGAGAAAUUAGGUGAACGAAAACGGCGGCGUGCACCUUUAUCACCACAGCAGUCCGAGGAAAAGCAAGAAGUGCCAGCCGCUACAGUGAAUGAGAAUAAUCCGCUUAGCGUCAUUAAACAGAAUAUCAAACGUUUUUCGAAAUCAAUAAGGCGCGCGCAAGAACCCGAAACGAGCGCUACGAACGCAAAUACGGCAGAAGACACGGAUGGCGAUGGCACGCCUAAGAAAGAGACAAAACAAAUCAGUCGCACUGAAAAAUUGGCAGCUCGUUUACGCAAAUUUGCUUCACAUGAAGCCUCUACAGAAAAUCUCGACGAGGCGACACCUAAGAAAACUGAAGAACAACGUUCACCCAUACGCACUGUCAUAACCAAUAAAUUGCAAAAUUGGAAGAAGAGCUUUAAGCGUAGACCAACUGAAAGUGAGGCGCAAACUGGUGAUGAAACUUCCCCUGAACGUAACGCUGAGAAAGGAGAAAAACGCACGGACAAUCUCAUGAAGAAGCUGCGUAAUAUACGACAACAGAAGCGUGCACAUUCCGCAGAUGAUCUGGAUGGCACUGAAGAGGAUGAGGCACACAAUACGCCCACAGGCACGCCAAAAGAUGCUAACCCACGUAAGACGGUCAACUUUGAAAAGCGUUUUGAACAGGCGCGUCAACGUACUCUGAAAAAGAUGAAUGAGAAGAUGCAACAGAUUAAGUUCUUUCACAAGUCGCAGGAAAAUCUCGACAAAGAAUGUAGUGCAACCACAAAAGAGGCUAGCAAACACGACGAAGUGGACGCUGAAGAAGAAUCGGAAGAUGAGCGUACCGGCUAUGUACGACCACAUACUGCUGCCAGGCGUGCUGCAGCCCGUAAUACGCCAAGCGACUCCGAAGAUGAGCAACAGCAAACUGGAAGAGAGCGUAUUAAUGCUGAGAAGCUCACGCAAAGUGAAUAUGAAUUCGACGAUGAAGAUAUGCAACAUACGCGUACUCUUUGGACUACCAAAAAUUUACUCAACGACUCACUGGAUUCCGAAACCGAUGUCGCGUUUCCACGCGUACUCAUACACCAAGAUAAUUCAGACCAAUUUGAAUCGACACUUAUAAUAGCAGUGACACGUCCCGCACCAUCAAAACCCUCCACACCUAUUAUAGAGGAAAUACACGAUGAUGCACCGAAAUUUAAGCCGCCAAGGCGUAGUCGUUCACCAAGUCCAGGCAGCGGCCGCGCCGAAUGGAUACCAAACAAUGAAAUCAUAUCUAACUUCCUAGAGAUAACUCCACCGAGUCAACGACGCCUAUCCGCUGAAGCCAUAUUGCCGGCGCCACGGGGUCACACACGCAAAAUGUCUAUGGACUCCAAUUCCGAUUCUGAUUCUUGGAUACCCGAGAAUGCACGCAACAAAAAAACCAGUCUGCCAAGCAAGGAAGACUCUAUGGAAACCGCUACAGGGGUAACACUCAAUAGUAUCGAUGAGAACGAAGAACCGUGGAAAGUACACCAGCAUGCGUAUUGCGAGGAGAAACUCUACAAAGCGAAGAGCAUCGACAUAUUCGAAGCCAGCGUUCGGAAAGGUGGUGCAAAAGCGGCUUUCGACGAUUUUGAAGAGGAAUUGCGGGAUGAACCAAUACUGCGAGUACCACAAAAGCAUAUCGAUUCCUCAUUUGAGAAAGACAGUAGUGAAGAGCCGUUUGCUGCAGAUGAUGACAACUCAUCGCGAGUAACAAAAAUUUCUGUGAGUGUCAUACGCGAAGAAUGUGAGGAGAUAAAAGAGUGCGAAAAUAACAAAGAGAAUAUUAAGUUACUGCAAGGUUCACCUAAAAGUGAUGAUCUCAAGGCUCAUUUAGACAAACCUGAGCGCAAAAUUGUACAUAACAAGGACGAAAAUUCCGACAAGGAUGAAGAUGAGGACGAUGACAGACCACCGUCGGCUGCGCCCUCACCACCUCCUUCAGUAUCACCACCACCGCCACCGUUGCCGUUAAGAAAACCAAUUCUCUUACCAUCCAAAUCAAUGGAGGAAUCACCGCCUAUACCGACUAUGAAACCACCAAUGCCACCUACUAAGCCACCACCACGCAUACCCGAUCGUACGCCAUCGAUGACACGGAUCGCCAAACCGCUAGUAAAGACGUCAUCCUUGCGUUUGGCCUACAACGAACAAGUUAAACCUUCAGACGUUGGUAAGGUCAACAAGCUCAUCUCGCGCUUCGAGACACCACAAUCGAAUGUGUCACAGCGACCACGCGUUAUACGCAGACGUCUGACGCGUGACGAGUCCGAAGAAUACACUGACGAUGAAGAUGAUUUAGAAGAGGACGAAGAUGGUGAACAAGAAACGGAUGCAAUGAAUGCGAACUCCGAGCGUGAUGUCACACCAACACCAACGAAUACACCACGCAUGUACUCUUUAGAGUCAGAUACAGAGAGUUUGUCUACAGUUGCAACAAAAGUGAACACUACAAAGCGAACAACCGUCAAGAUAGAAGAAAAUGUUACAAUAACACAACGUGGCAAUGGGUCCAAUGGCAAUGCAUCGAAAGUCUAUAGUGAUUUGCCACGAAUAACUUUAAAUUUCGACAACAAUUCUAAUUUGAAUUUGAGUUGUGCAAGCUCGGAAUAUGGUUCACCGCUGGAGUAUCCCUCAAGUUUGAUCGGUUCCACCGAGACCACACCUAUACCAGAGCGCAGACCGCAAGAAGUGCAAAAUUUGAGAAGUGCCGAACGCAAUCGACGUUCAAUGACGCGAGACGAUGACAAAUUCUUAUCCUUCGAUAGUGAUGAUGAAAACAGUUACUAUUCGAUAAGUUCGACUGGCAGCAGCCGCUAUGUUGUGGAGAUUUGAGUUUAAUGAAGAUGCUUAUUAUUAAAUUAUAUUAUAAAAGUGUUGUGCAGUCAGUUGUAUAGUUAAAUGUACUUAUAUUCUUUAAAGUAACAAAUAUAAAUCCGCCAGGGAGUCACAGGUCUACAUUUACU